CCGCCAGUGCAAUGCCGAUGGCAUGGCGGGGUCUGUCUCGCGGCUCACGCCUUGGGUUGGCGUGCACAAGCUUGGUUGCCUCCGUCAUUCUUGUGACAAGCUACCUAUCGCCUGGCCGGCUGUUGAUGCGUUUUCUACUUCGGCACCGCGCAUGGCUGUACAAGGAGCAUGGAAAGAUUGGAGGGCUGAAAACAAGCUCCAGCAUUCAACUCCGACAAAGGCUGUAUCUAGGAUGCGUAUGGAUUCUGUGGAAGUGGAUCGCCUUUGAGCGAUGGCUUCGGGGGAGGCGACCAAGGAGCCUCUAUGCCGUUCAAGACACCCUUCCUCCUCUCCCUGUUCCGAAGCUACGAGACACCUGCCACCGCUUCCUGGACAGCGUAAGGCCCUUGAUGUCGUCUGCGGACUGGGAGAGCAGCGCGCAAGUAGUGCUGCAAUUCGCGUCGGCCGGCGGUGUCGGUGAGAAGAUGCAGCGAGCUCUAGUGAAGCGAGCGCGAGCGUUGGAGGGCAUCUCGUCCUGGCUAGAGGAAUGGUGGGAGAAGGAGCACUUCCUCAGGUGUCGUCUUCCCCUUCCGGUCUAUGGGAACUGGUACGGCCUUGACCGACCUGAUUCACCCUCCUGCUCGCAAUCCUGGAGGGCUUCCUGGCUGGUAUCGGGGGCGAUCAGAUUCAUGCGACACCUGAACCGAGAGAAGCUCGAGCCUCUGCAGAUCAUGGGUUAUGUGCCGUUGUGCAUGUGGCAGUAUCGUCGUGUGUUCUUUACCUGCAGGGUACCACGAGAAGGUUGCGAUGAAUUGUUCACAUUCUUGCCGACAAGGAGUGCACACAUUGUUAUCCUCAUCAAGGGACAGAUGUACAAGAUGAAUGUCUUUCACGACGACGGGAUCGCUCUCACUGUCCAGGAGCUGCAGGAGAAUAUCAAGGCGAUCAUUGAGGACUGCAAACAACUGCAGCCUCACGAGCAAGAGCCGCCCGUCGGCAUUCUGACAUCAGAGGAGAGGGACACGUGGGCGAGGCUCCGUCUCAAGUUGUUCGAGGUAGACCCUGAGAACGAGCGCUCGAUGACGAUCAUCGAGACGGCAAUGUUUGUUCUCGUCCUGGAAGGCGCGUACGCAACGUCGCUGUCUGAACAAGCGAGGAUGACUUUCAUCGGCGACGGGCGCAACCGCUGGUUCGACAAGUCGUUCCAGUUGAUCGUGUACGAGGACGGUUCGGCCGGUGUCAACGUCGAGAGGUCCUGGGCUGACGCCCCAGUGGCUUCCCAUCUCUUCGGCUUCAUGCACGACCACGAGAACGCCGCCUUCAACUUCUCCGUCCCCCACGACGACUGCGCGACAAACUCGGCAGAGCGACAGGGAGGGGCGAAGAAAGUGAAGACGAUCCGGUUGAAGUGGAAGCUCUCCUCCGAUAUCGCCGAGGCGAUUGACAAGGCGUCGAUCAAGUACGAGGAGUUGGUCUCGAAGACAGACCUGCAUGUCCUCAACAUGCGAUACUUUGGGAAAGGUUUCAUUAAGAAGUGCGAGAUGUCUCCGGAUGCCUUCGUGCAGAUGGCUCUUCAACUUGCCUACUACCGCCUGCACGGCUGCAUCACGCUGAGCACAGAGACUGCUCACACCCGCCAGUUCUUCCACGGGCGAACGGAAGUCGUAAGGACCGUCUCGAGCGACUCGGUUGCGUUCGUCAAGUCCAUGGCACACCUGGAUCGCUCCGCAGCAGAGACGAAGCUGCACCUGCUGAGAAGGGCAUGCGUGACGCAAGUCGAGCGAGUGAAGGAUGCAAUGAACGGGAAUGGAGUGGAUAAGCAUCUCUUCGGACUGAAGAUGAUGGCGAAGGAGCUCGGGGUGUCAUGUGCGGAGCUGGAGGACGAAGCUUUCACGCUCCCUGUCAAGCUCUGGACGAGUCAGGCGCCCGCACAGCGAGGGCCCAGCGGGGGGUUCGGGCCGGUUGCAGAGGACGGGUAUGCGGUGUCAUACCUUGUCAACGAGGACAACAUCUACUUCCAUGUCUGCUACAGGAGAGGGGAGAGCUCGGCGGUCGAGGAGCUGGAGGAGGAGAGCCCAGCAAGCUCACAAGCGUUUGCAGCUGCCAUCGAGAAAGCGCUGCUAGAGAUGAGUGUUCUCUGUACGAAGAAGGCGCAAACAGCGCAGACCAACUCGGUGUCAACGUUAGACUGGACCAACUGCUGAGCUUUGUAAUAAAGGUUGUCAUAUUGUCUUG